AUGACCUAUACGACUAGACAAAUUGGUGCCAAGAACUCUUUGGACUACAAGGUUUUCAUCGAAAAGGACGGGAAGCCAAUUUCUGCGUUCCACGAUAUUCCCCUUUACGCAGAUGAAGAAAACCAAAUCUUGAACAUGGUUGUUGAGAUUCCUCGUUGGACCAAUGCCAAGCUAGAGAUCACCAAGGAAGAGCCUUUGAACCCAAUUAUCCAGGACACCAAGAAGGGUAAGCUUAGAUUUGUGAGAAACUGUUUCCCACACCACGGGUAUAUCCACAACUACGGUGCUUUUCCACAGACAUGGGAAGAUCCCAACUCGAUCCACCCAGAAACUAAGGCUGCUGGUGACAACGAUCCUUUGGACGUUUUGGAGAUUGGUGAGACUAUUGGUUACACCGGUCAAGUUAAGCAAGUGAAGGCCUUGGGUGUCAUGGCACUUCUCGACGAAGGUGAAACCGACUGGAAGAUUAUUGCCAUCGACGUCAACGAUCCCUUGGCUCCCAAGCUGAACGACAUCGAAGAUGUUGAGAAAUACUUUCCAGGCUUGUUAAGGGCUACCAACGAAUGGUUCAGAAUUUACAAAAUUCCGGACGGGAAGCCUGAAAACCAAUUUGCUUUCUCUGGUGAAGCCAAAAAUAGAAAAUACGCAUUGGACGUGAUCAGAGAAUGCAGGGAAGCUUGGGAAAAAUUGAUCAAGGGCGAAGCUGCUGACUCCAAGAAGAUUGAUUUGACUAACACGACUUUGAGCGGAACUCCAUCUUACUCCGCGUCCGCUGCCGCCCAAGUUCCACAAGCCGACAAGAAGCCAGACGAGCCAAUUGACAAGUCCAUUGACAAGUGGUUCUUCAUCUCUGGUUCCGCCUGA